AUGAAUAAAUCAACUAAAUCGGCAAUUUCAAGCUUGUUAUGCUUGAGUCUUGCUUCAUGUUCAAUCGAUACAAUUCCAAUUGAUUCAAUAGAUAUUGAAGAUAUACUGGAAAUAAAUCAAAAUGAAAAAUUAUAUAAUCAAUUGAAAUUAUAUAUAAAUUUAAUAAUACCUCAACAAUUUAAACAAUAUCAAAUUAUAGGAUUUUUUAUAUUAACAUUAUUACAAUCUCAAUUAUUUAAAACUUUAUCAAAAAUUUAUAAAAAUCGACCUAGAGAAAUUGAUGGUAUUCAAGAAAGUUUAAAAUUUGAAUUUUUUAAAAAUAUUUUUGAAAGUUUUAUUUGGAUUUUAUUUAUUGUUUCAAUCUUGAUAUAUUAUAAUUGGUUUGAAAAUUUAAAACCAUAUUGGAUUUUAUUUCUUUAUCCUGUUAUAAAUAUAUUUUUGAUAUUAGCUUUCUUGGUUGUGAGAUUUACAAACUAA